AUGAAGAGGUCCAGAGAAGACGUUUUUAUGACCUCACAACUCAAGCGGCCCAUGGUUUCCUCUCGAGGAGAGCCUUCGGGGCAACCCCAGAUGAUGGGCGGAGCAGCUGCCCAGAAACUAACAACAAGUGAUGCCUUAGCAUAUCUAAAGGCAGUGAAGGAUAUUUUUCAAGACAACAGGGAUAAAUACGAAGAAUUUCUUGAAGUCAUGAAAGACUUUAAGGCCCAAAGAAUUGACACUGCGGGUGUGAUAGAGAGGGUGAAGGAUUUAUUUAAAGGGCAUCGAGAGCUAAUAUUAGGUUUCAAUACCUUCUUGCCAAAGGGAUAUGAAAUCACCCUCCCACUUGAGGAUGAGCAACAGCCUCCUCAAAAGAAGCCUGUUGAAUUUGAAGAAGCUAUCAAUUUCGUGAACAAGAUUAAGACCCGAUUUCAAGGCGAUGACCAUGUUUAUAAAUCUUUUUUAGACAUUCUGAAUAUGUACAGAAAGGAAAACAAGUCCAUCACAGAGGUUUACCAGGAGGUUGCAGCACUUUUCCAAGAGCACUCAGACUUACUUGUGGAGUUUACUCACUUUUUACCUGAUACUUCAGGAACAGCCUCCAUUCACUUUGCUCCAUCGCAUAGAAACGCAAUGCUCCGUGAUAGGAGCUCUGCUAUGCCCCCUAUGCGGCAAAUGCAUGUUGACAAGAAAGAAAGGACCAUGGGUUCUUAUGCUGACCACGAUCUCAGUGUUGACCGUCCUGAUCCUGACCAUGAUAGAGCUCUGAUGAAAGUGGACAAAGAGCAAAGGAGGCGUGGUGAGAAGGAGAAGGAGAGGAGAGAAGAUAGAGAAAGACGAGAACGUGACCGGGAUGAUAGAGAUUUCGACCAUGAUGGCAGUAGGGACUUCAACAUGCAACAUUUUCCCCACAAACGGAAAUCUGCUCGUAGGACUGAAGACUUGGCUACUGAACAAUUGCAUCCAGGUGGGGAAGGCGAUGAAAACUUUGCAGAACAUCUCAUUUCAUCCUCUUAUGAUGAUAAAAAUUCUGCCAAAAGUAUGUAUGGCCAGGAGUUUGCUUACUGUGACAAGGUGAAGGAGAAGUUACGAAAUCCUGAUGAUUACCAGGAAUUUCUGAAGUGCCUCCAUAUUUUUAGCAAGGAAAUUAUUACAAGAUCCGAAUUGCAGUCUCUGGUGGGUGAUUUACUUGGAAGGUAUCCGGAUCUUAUGGAUGGGUUUGAUGAAUUUUUGGCAUGUUGUGAGAAGAAAGAUGGGUUCCUUGCUGGUGUCAUGAGUAAAAAGUCCUUGUGGAAUGAAGGACAUUUACCCAGAUCAGUGAAGGUAGAGGAUAGGGAUAGGGAUAGAGAUCGUGAAAGGGAUGAUGGGGUUAAAGAUAGAGAGCGUGAAACUCGAGAAAGGGAUCGACUUGAGAAAAAUGGUGCCUCUGGAAAUAAAGAAGUCGGAGGCCAGAAGAUUUCUAUAUUUUCCAGCAAGGAUAAAUACUUGGCAAAACCUAUUAAUGAGCUUGACCUCUCUAACUGUGAGCGCUGCACUCCAAGCUAUCGUCUCCUUCCAAAGAAUUAUCCAAUACCUUCUGCUAGCCAAAGAACGGAGCUUGCGUCCGAAGUAUUGAAUGAUCAUUGGGUAUCCGUCACUUCUGGAAGUGAGGAUUACUCUUUUAAACACAUGCGCAAAAACCAGUAUGAAGAAAGCCUGUUUCGUUGUGAGGAUGAUAGGUUUGAACUGGAUAUGUUGUUAGAGUCUGUGAAUGUAACGACCAAGCGUGUUGAAGAACUAUUAGAAAAGAUCAAUAACAAUACGAUCAAGAUGGACAGUCCAAUCCGUAUUGAAGAACACUUCACAGCUUUGAAUCUGAGGUGCAUUGAGCGAUUAUAUGGUGACCAUGGGCUCGAUGUGAUGGAUGUGUUGAGAAAAAAUGGUCCAUUAGCUUUGCCUGUUAUAUUAACCCGUUUGAAGCAAAAGCAAGAAGAGUGGGCAAGGUGUCGUUCUGAUUUUAAUAAAGUUUGGGCUGAUAUAUAUGCCAAGAACUAUCACAAGUCACUUGAUCAUCGUAGCUUCUACUUCAAGCAACAGGACACAAAGAGCUUAAGCACAAAAGCCUUGCUGGCGGAGAUUAAAGAGAUCAGUGAGAAGAAGCGGAAGGAAGAUGACGUUCUUCUCUCAAUUGCUGCUGGAAAUAGACGACCUAUUAUUCCCAAUUUGGAAUUUGAGUACUCUGAUCCUGAAAUCCAUGAAGAUCUGUAUCAACUCAUCAAGUAUUCUUGUGGAGAAGUUUGCACUACCGAGCAAUUGGAUAAAGUUAUGAAGAUAUGGACAACCUUCCUUGAACCAAUGCUUGGCGUUCCUACUCGGCCUCAAGGUGCAGAAGAUACUGAAGAUGUAGUGAAAGCGAAAAAUCAUACUGGGAAAAAUGGUAGUGUGAGUGCGGGAGACACUGAUGGCAGUCCUGGUGGCGGUGCUACUGCAACGAAUUCCAAACAGUUAAAUUCGUCAAGAAAUGGAGAUGAAAGCAUUCAACCUGAACAGUCAAGCUCUUGCAGGACUUGGGCAGUAAAUGGGGCUAAUGGGGUUAAAGAUGAAAGUUCCCUUGACAUUGAUCGUGCUGCGUGUAAAGGUGAUACUUUCUGCAAUACCUCUCAACAAGGUAAAGUGCAGAGUAAUGCAUCUACAGCCGAUGAAACGUCUGGAGUUAGCAAACAAGACAAUUCCAAUGAAAGAUUAGUCAAUUCUAAUUUAUCCCCCCCUGGGUUGGAGCAAAGUAAUGGAAGAACUAAUCAAGAAAACUCAUCAGGGCUUAGUCCUACUCCAUCCAGACCAGGUAAUGGCACUGUUGACGGUGGGCUUGAGUUACCUUCAUCAGAGGGUGGAGAUUCUACAAGACCUGUUAUAUCCUCAAAUGGAGCAAUCGGAGAAGGCACCAAAGGUCUCAGAUAUCUUGAAGAGUCUGCUAGACACUUCAAGAUUGAAAGAGAGGAAGGUGAAAUAUCUCCAAACGGAGAUUUUGAGGAGGAUAAUUUUGCAAAUUACAGAGAAGCUGGUUUGGGGGCUGUCCCAAAACCAAAGGAUGGUGUUGUUGGCAGGCAAUAUCAAGCCAGACAUGCGGAAGAAGAAAUAUGCGGUGGAGAGACUGGGGGAGAAAAUGAUGCUGAUGCUGACGAUGAAGGUGAGGAAAGCGCUCAGAGGUCAUCAGAGGAUAGUGAAAAUGCUUCCGAGAAUGGUGAUGUUUCUGGUAGUGAGUCUGGUGAUGGAGAGGAAUGUUCUCGUGAAGAGCGUGAGGAAGACGGGGACAAUGAUGAGCAUGAUACCAAGGCAGAGAGUGAAGGUGAAGCUGAAGGGAUGGCUGAUGCCCAUGAUGUUGAAGGAGACGGAAUAUCUUUACCACUUUCAGAACGUUUUCUCCUGACUGUGAAGCCUCUUGCAAAGCAUGUUCCUCCAGCUUUACAUGACAAGGAGAAGGACUCUAGGGUUUUCUAUGGAAAUGAUUCGUUCUAUGUGCUUUUUAGGCUUCACCAAACAUUAUAUGAGAGAAUACAAUCGGCAAAGACUAAUUCAUCAUCUGCUGAGAGGAAGUGGCGGGCUUCAAAUGAUAUGAGCCCUUCAGAUUCUUAUGCUAGAUUCAUGAAUGCACUUUACAAUUUGCUUGACGGUUCUUCUGACAAUACAAAAUUUGAGGAUGAUUGUCGAGCCAUCAUUGGGACACAAUCAUAUGUUCUAUUCACAUUAGACAAGCUGAUCUACAAGCUUGUGAAACAGCUCCAAACAGUUGCCAGUGAUGAGAUGGACAAUAAACUCGUCCAACUUUAUGCAUUUGAAAAAUCAAGAAAGCCAGGAAGAUUUGUAGAUGUGGUUUAUCAUGAAAUGCUCGUGUUCUUCUUCAUGAUGAGAACAUUUAUCGCAUUGAAUUCAUCCUUACCAACCCGGGUGUCUAUUCAGCUUAUGGAUUUUGGGCAUGAUAAGCCUGAAAUGACUGCUGUUUCCAUGGACCCUAAUUUUUCUGCUUAUCUGCACAAUGAAUUCCUCUCAGUUCUUCCUGACAAAAAAGAGAAGUCUGGGAUCUUCUUGAAGAGGAACAAAUGUGCGUAUGGUAGUAGUGAUGAAUUGUCUGCUAUCUGUGAGGCCAUGGAAGGACUUAAAGUCACCAAUGGUUUGGAGUGUAAGAUAGCUUGCCAUUCAUCCAAGGUCUCAUACGUUUUAGAUACAGAAGACUUCCUGUUUCGGACAAAAAGGAAAAGGAAAACUUUGCAUCGGGACAGUUCAUGCCAAAAGCUGGCCAGGUCUUCCAAUGGUUCAAGUAGAGUAGAGCGGUUUCACCGGUUGUUUUCUGGCUCAUGA